CUUUCCCGAGGUGUAGGUGAGGGAAUCAUGCAAAGUGUGAUGUCAUAUCUCAAGUCCGUGUCGGACGCGACGCAAACCUCACUGGCCAACGCCUUGGCGGAGCUAGACCAUCCCCCUCCCCGCCCGCCGCGCUCCCCUCGCGGCCUCAUGGCCAUCCGCCCCUCACUGCUAGUCAUGGAGUAUCCAUCGGCACCGCUGCUCGGAUCUCUCAGCCAGCAGCUGAAUGAGCGGUAUCGGCACUCUUACCUGGUCAUCAACAUGAGCGAGCGCAAGUACGACACGAGCACGUUUGCUGGCGAGGUGCUCGAGGUGCAGUUCAGAGGCCUCCCCAGCCCGCCGCUGGGACUCAUGCUGGAGCUCUUCAUGUCUAUCACAGCAUGGUAGGGUAGCUCAUGCACUCGCACAUCAUGACACACACGAGUGUGUGAUGUGUUUGUGUGUGUCAUUGGCUCAUCCAGGUUGACGUCUGACGAGUCGAAUGUGGUGGUGGUUCACUGCUACAAGGGCUUCAGCAGGUCGGCAGUCUUCCUCUCAUGCUUCAUGGUGAGCCACGGAGGGGAGGGAUGGGUGCAGGGCAGCACAGCAAACGGUGCCUGGGUGUGUGUGUGUGUGUGUUCUAUAGGCGUGGUGUGGUUUGGUGAGCCAUCCGGUUGAUGGUCUUCAGGAGGUGUGUGAGAAGAUAGGGCUGGACGAGGAGCACCAGAUCCUCCCCUCACAGAAGAGAUACCUCACAUACUUUUACCAAAUACAAAACAACUUCAUGGUCAGUCUGUCUAUAGACACCACCACAUGCACCCACCAAGUUGAUUGCGUUGUGCACUUUUCUUCCUGCUGUGUGUGCGUGUGCGUGUCGUAUCUAUCAGCCCGACUACAGCCGUUUGUGUCUGCGGCGGGUGUUGCUCAACGGCAUCCCGCUCAUCGAGGCGCCCCCACUGCGGCUGCAGAGGCACGCACAGGACCGGCCGGCAUUCAGACCCUACAUAGAGGUCAGUAGGCUGACCCACCACACCACACGCUCACAAGACGAGCAACACCCGGAGCCUGUCCGUUCUUCCUCCUUCCAAUCAGGUGUGGCAGGCAGGCCAGCUUCUCUACUCGUCGCUACCAGACAAACAGCAGACGCAGCAGCAGCAGGCGUCAGAUGAGCAACAUCCGUCUGCCGAGCAGCAGGCGGAGGGUGACGCUGCCAGCGGUACAGCGGCUCCCAGAGAGGGGGAGGAGAGCCGUCACAGCGCUGCCGAUGCCCAUGCGGCUGAGUGCGACCUGCCAUGGUACUUCGAGAGCGACGGCACUGUAGCACUGGACAUCCCUGCCAAGCUGGCCGUGGCCGGUGAGAGGGAGAAAGGGUCCAUGUGUGUGUUAUGGAAGCAUGGAUGCAUCAAUGUGAUGCGUCUUCGGGUGUGUGUGUGUAGGCGACAUCCUGAUCCGAGUGCGCCACAUGGGGUCGAACGGGCAGAAGGUCUCUGUCUUGAGGGCGGCGUUCAACACGGCAUUCCUCCCUGGUAACAACAGAUCACAAAAGCAUCGGCCCACAGGCAUUCAAAUGUUUUCUCUCCCUCGCAAUGAUCAGAGGGUUGUCUGAAGCUGGGUCUGCACGAGCUGGACGGUGCCGCACACGAUCCCAGAUUCCCACAGGAUUUCUUCAUGGACAUCAUACUGGAGGUGCGACACGCUCACACCCCACACGCACCCGUGGUUUCGUCAUUCUGUCUGUUUGUGGUUCGUGUGGUGUGUAGAAGGCGACCAGUGUGGACGACCCGAGUGAGUCUGAGGACCUCCAGAAGCUAAAGGGUCUCUUCGUGGCCGCCAGGGAGAAGGCCGCUGCCAUGCGGGAGGGUCAGAAAACGAAAUGAAAAAGAGACACGGACACACAUGGGGCUUCCCAGUGAUAUGGUUCCCCUUUUUGUUUAGAGUUCGCUCGGCGUCGUUCUGAGGAUGAGCGGCGAGAGCGCGAGCCCCAAAUGAUGGCCGCGGCGGACCAGGAGUCCACCACCCAGCAGCAGCAGCAGCAGCAGCCAGACGCGCAGCCGCCCCCCCACCGUCCCCGCCCCCCUCCCUCUCCAGGAUCGACCAGCUCGUCUACGCCGCCCCCAGCACCAGCAGGAGCCCCAGACGAUAGACAGCCCGGCAGCAAGUGGGCCUUCCCGCCCAUCCUGUCGUCCUUCGACACGUCUAAGGCGGUGGAUCGGCUGCAUAGGCUGCAGGAGGGUGUGCGUGAGGGGCUCAAGGGUGCCGAGGAGCGCAUCAGGCAGGGCAAGGAGAUGGCCGAGCACCUCUCGGCCCACGUCCACUUCCCCACCUUCCACUUGCCGCAGAUCGGGGGGCAGCAGCAGCAGCAGCAGCAGGAGCCCGACCAAGGUGACGCGAGAGAGAAGGAGAAGAGGAAGCUGCCGUCAUUCGGCGGCGAGGAGGUGGAGGAGUUCAGUGUGUCGUGGGACGAUGAAGCCGCAGCCAGAGCAGAACCGCAGACAGCCGGCCAGCCAGAGCAACCAGAGGUCCCCGCUGCUGCAGAGACCGCCGAGCAAGAGAAGAGGCCUGCUGCUGCUGCUGCCGAGCAUCCAUCGGAAGCGACUGGCGAGGCGCCCUUGUUGGUGCCGUAUGGUGUAGGCGUAGAGGGUGCGAGCGCGGGUGCGGAUGCCUCUGGUGUGGGCGGUGGUGGGGCAGAUGAAGAGGAGGAGGUAGCGUGGGAUUGACAUGGAUCGACGGUGGGUGUGUGGUGCCAUGCCACCUCACCUCAGUGGGUGUAGGGGUGUGGUGGUGACGUAGCUGGCUGGAGUGGCCUUGGUGCGUGGGGCAGACUCCGGGUCCGGUCCGUGUGUGUGUGGGUUGUAUGGAGGGGCGUGAUUACUGACUGAAUGG